AGGUUGAGGGCGUCGAGCUCCGGGUAGCGGGGCCGGGGAGGGCAGGUGGCGGCAGGGAAGGGCUGGUCCGGCGCCGCGAUGGAGAAACGAUUACAAAAAGAACUAUUGGCAUUUCAAAAUGAUCCACCUCCAGGAAUGACUCUAGAUGAAAAGAGUGUACAAAAUUCAAUUACACAGUGGAUUGUAGACAUGGAAGGUGCUCCAGGAACACUCUAUGAAGGGGAGAAAUUUCAGCUUUUAUUUAAGUUUAGUAGUCGGUAUCCUUUUGAUUCACCUCAGGUCAUGUUUACUGGAGACAAUAUCCCUGUUCAUCCUCAUGUUUAUAGCAAUGGUCAUAUCUGUUUAUCCAUUCUAACAGAAGACUGGUCUCCAGCCCUCUCAGUGCAAUCUGUUUGUCUUAGCAUUAUUAGCAUGCUUUCCAGCUGCAAAGAAAAGAGACGACCUCCAGAUAACUCAUUUUAUGUAAGAACAUGUAACAAGAAUCCAAAGAAAACAAAGUGGUGGUAUCAUGAUGACACAUGUUGAUGCCACCAUUUGGUGAUCCUCGUAGCAGAAGAUAGUCCUACUGAGAAAAUGAGCACUUUGAUCAUUCAGUCUUUGAACUUUAACCUUUGACUGGAAGUGACCUAUAGGCAAUGAAGACUACUUCCUUUGACUGCAUUUUUACUAGUGUGCAUUCUGGGCGCAUGUUGAUCGCUGGUUCAGUCCAUGCAACUGACAUGCUUUUAUUAGUCAUACAGUAUUAAUGCAGGUGUCCAGAAAUGUCAGAAUAAUUCCAUUAUUUUUAUUUUAAGCUUUGGAAGAAUUCCAGGUCUUCAUAUAUUGUGCAAUAACACUGAGCUCCUUGGCGGUUUUGGUGCAUCCAUUGCCGGCAAUGGACGUUGUACCAGGGAAAGGUUUUGCUCCUGCCACAAAAAAAGAUUGACGCAUGACAGAGUUUAUGAAAGUUUUGGCUAUAUUUGGAUUAUAAGCAAGGGAUUGACAAUUACCUUAAAUCCAGCCCAUUCUUUUAUAUUUGGAUUCUAUGCACUGUGACCACAAAACUAGCAGCAUGAGUUAACAUGCCUAGCUGAAGGACUGUAAUAAGAUCAUUACGUAUUUAUUAAAUUGUUUAUCUGCUGUCAAAUUAUUUUGACAUGGGCAGUUUUUCAAGUGACAUUGGCAGAGAGGUACAAUGUUAUCCCUAUGGUGAAAUAAAACUACUUUUUGUAUAUAGUUAUUCAUAUCUCUGAAGCAAAGGUAUGAGUAAUUUAGGGUAUGAGUGAUUUAAACAAGAAUUUAUUUUGGAGAUAGAGGAUGGCAGUGAUACAACUGAACUUGCUGCAGUCCGUAAUUGGGCUUGUAAUUUGUACUUUAGAGCUUUUUCCAAAUAGAUUGCACACUGUUAUUUCCUGCUAGCCAUCAGCAUGAGCCCUACUGCCUACACCAAUAUUUCAUUUAUUUAUAUGUUCGAAAGCAAUCCAUAUAACAUUUUUUUGUUUGCAUUCACUGUUUCUUUUGUGUUGUAUGUCAUGUUUGAAUGUUACAAAACAAUAUUUUGAUUGAAAAGCUUUGUCAGAAGAUAUUUUCAUGUAAAUUAUUUCUUUAUCUUGUAAGCAUCAUCUUGUCUUUUAAUCCUGUAUUAUAAAAAGAAAAAAAAAUACAUUUUUGACAGAGGCUUAAAGUUUUCACAAAAAAGUGUGGACCUUCUUAUUUAAGUUUAGACUAAAGUAUAUUUUCUUAACUUGCUUGUCCCACGUAGCCAUGCCAAUUUUUCCAGACUUUUCUUCACCAAAAAAACAGGGGAAAAGCCUAAAAUCAGACAUUUUUCUGUGGAGCAACAUUUAUUGAAAUGAUAGUUGUUCUCAGCACUCUGUAAUAUUUUAUACUGCAAUUAGGUUGUCUUUUUAGGAAGCACUUUUAUAAACUUAAUACCUUUACACAUAUGCAAAAUUUCUAUAAUUUUUUUUUACUGUUGCCUUAUUGUUGCACUCAAAAAAAAAUUCAAGCAAUUAAUGCAUGAAUGUCUAAAUCAAGUAACAGCUUGAUGUAAAAACAAACAAAAGCAAAAAAAAAAAUCCCUAAACCCAAUCGAGAAUGAGUAACUACAAUAACAAACAGAAAAUUGGCUGAAAAGACUGAUUUCUUUUUUUUUAAUCUGCUGUAUGAUAACUGAUAUUUUAUAGCCUUGUACAUACUUCUCUGUUACCUAUUGUUUAAAACGUUAAAAAAAAAGUAUAGAUGCCUAACUCAGGGUGGAUAGAGUUUAGAUGGAUUUGCUUCAGAGAAGUAUUUUGUACAGCAUCAGAACUGUAGAUACUGGUAGUGAAGUGAGGCUGCAAUAUACUUCAGGAACUGCUUGUUUUUUUCUACUGUACUGAAAAUAUCUCUUGGCCUUUAAAACUCAGUGGUUAAAUCUAGCUUUGGAUAUGAAUUUGAUGAGUGUAUAUAUUUUCACAAUGAGCCUUUGAAAGAUAGAAUUCAUUUUCUUUUAAGAGACAAAAAAAAAGUCAUUUUAAACAAAAGAGAUACUUAUGCUCUAAACUUUUCGUUUAGCAAAAUCUUACUGUUGUGAGUUCAUCAAACCGGUUAUUUUUGGAAAUGGUUCAUAUGAAAGAGCAGUGAUCUGAUACUUAAUCUGUAUAGUCUUGUUAAUUGCUCUAUAUUAGUUGAAACAAUUGAGAAGUUAAUGUAUGAAUGGUUCACAUAAUGGAUCAUAUCAAAAUAGUCCACAGGAAAGAGACCUUAAUGUGACCAGGUAAUGUCUGAAGAAAUGGCUUAAGUACAUCUCAGAUUCAGUUAUCUUUUCAUAUAGUGGCUUCUGAAACUACAAUACAUGGUUUCAGAGAAGCUUUAGGACAUACCAUAUGUAUUUUGUUGAAGUUGGGUGUUGUAGUGCAAAGCAUUAUACAUUUAUUGACCUGUGCUAUCACAUGGACUAUAGUGAAGUUAAAUAACCAAAUUUAUGCUGCUGUUUAAUAAACUCCCAUGACCUAUAAUAUACUUAGAUCAAGAAAAUGCAAGGUAGAUUAGAAGAGAAUGUACCUCAGGUCUUUUAGUUUACAGUAGAAAUGCCUCAUUGGUUCUCUUGUAGAUCUGUGGGUAAGUUCACCUAUAUAGAGAGGGCCAAGACAAAGCUUAUAUACCACUCAAGCCCUCAAAAUAAUGCAACUAUUCUGACAGUGCUAUGAUGUCCUGAAAAAGGGCUUGAAUUAGAUGAAGGUGGUGCCAUCCUUUCCCUAGGGUGACCCUGUGUAUGUAACUUUCUUUCACUUGGAAUUUAUCACAUGGAAUGGUCACAGAAUUGGCUUGAAACUAUCUUGCUUUUAUUUUGUGUCAAUAUUCCUGUUGUUAAACAUUUUGUUUUGUGUUUAGUGUCUUUAUACUAUAACACAAUAAAUUCUUGUUUUAAAAUAGAUUACUACCCUUGAAUGGAAAUGUGUGUGGACCUUUUCAUGGUGGAGUGCAGAAGCACAGUUCCUUAAAUUCAGCCACUCUUGAGACAAAGCUGCCAGUAAUUCUAAAGUGUUGUGAUGCAUAUCGGAGAGGAAUUUGCGUAACAGCAAGGUGUUUCCUCUUUCUCCAGAGGGUAUCUGUUGUAACAGCUGAAGGAAAUAGCUGAUUUAAAAAAUAAAAAUCACUAAGAUGUAAUGCUUUCAUUUCUCACAGAUGAUCAAAUACUUCUUAAUCAUGGUUUUUUUUGCCAUUUGACAAGCACUUAAAAUACUUAAUGAGAAGUUUCAGAUGCAGGAUUCUUGUUUGCCUGCAGUGGUGGGAAAAGAGUUUUCUAUUAUUUUGCCAGCAUGUAUCAGGACUGUUUAAUUAAAUCUGUGCCUCAUACCAAUAAUUGCUUUCAGUUUUGUACAUUUUUUUUGGUUCAAGAGAUGAUGUCUGCUGCUUUGUGAAAGGCAAGGCACUGCAUACCUGAAACAUGUAUUUUUAUGAAAAAUUAAGUUUUUAAAAUUCAUAUAUUUUGUGUUGUGAGAAUUAUUCUGAAUGUUUAUUUUUUAUUUGCUACUUUUUUUUGAAAGUCUGACAAAAGCCUAAGAUGUGAAGUAUAUUUAAAGGUAUGAUUUAAGGAGACCAUAAAGUUUCCAGGUCAGUAAUUAAUGAUGUUUUAAAAAGAAAGGGGGGAAAGUCCUAAUUAAGCCCUAAUUAAAUUAAAAGAUUUGGAAAAGUGCAGCUAUAGAAUUCCAAGGUUUGGAGGAAGCCAGUAUGGUUUUUGCCUCCUCUGGUAGAGCAAUUGAGCAUUAUGUUGUGUUUGCAUGCUCACAAAUCCUGAUCAUUCUAAAGAACAGGUUUGAAUGAAGUUUCUUUUGAAACCAGUUGCUUUUAAUCAAUAUCACCCAAUCCAAUCUAAUAAACCAAUCCACUCUAAUACACAGCGGUACCUGAAUAGUUGGGUGUUGAACUGAAUAAGAGGAAUUAAGCUGUCUCAGUGAUAUUCUAUCUUCAGCUGCAGUCACACAGCAGCAUGGGAAGAGAGACUUUGGAUUUGGUUUUUGUGCCAUGUACUUGUUGGCCUGUUGUUUCUAGGACUAAUAAUAAAUUUCCAAACCUCCAGGCCUUAAAAUACCUUUAUAAAAUUGAAAGAGUAGAAAUAUCAUGAGCCACCUUUUACUAUAAAAUAUAGUUCAGAAAUACAAAUUUGAAGAUACUUAGACUCUGUUUUUGUUUCAUUUUACUGAUAAUAGCAGUGCGGGAAAAUCUGUUCCUUGCCAUUUCUUUUUCCUGCAGAUUUUAUGUACUUUUUAAAUAGUGUCAUGGGAGUUUUGAUCAGCUGAUGCAAUGUAGCAAAUUCUCUCUGGAGCUACUUAAAGUGAAUUUUUAAAAAUUACACAGUAAGAGCAUUUCAGUACCAUUGUAGUUCCAAAGUAAUUUCUAUCCUGAAAUAUGUAGGAAAAGCUUGUAGGUUUCAUUCAGAUAAUUAUUUUGUAUUUAAAAACCAAAAAUGAAAUGCAGAAUCAAUUGACUGUGCAGUGUAUAUCAAUGCAGAGAUUGGAUUUAUAAGCCUGUGUCCAUAGUCUCUAAUAUAAUACUUCGUAGGAGCUUUAAUGUGUGAGUCAGUAGGAGUAGGUUAGAUUGUAUUUAACUCCCUCUACUUUACAUACAUGCUUUGUGCAGUGUAACUUAGUCUUUUAAGUGACAUUUUUCUCUUGACCUCUGCUGUUGAAGGGGCUGCUUGCAAGAGACUCUUCUGAAUAGGAAUCCAGUGAAGAAUUGAAAACCAUAAUGAUGGCCUCAAAGAAAGAUGUUACAAUCUGAAAUCCUGUAACACUGACCUCAGUUCUUCCCUCAUGCUGGCCUGUUUUUUGUUAUUUAAAAUCUCCAUGAUAAGACCUUUAAACUUCUGUCUUGCCUUCAGCAAUUGGGAACCUGUUUUCUUCAAGCCCUUUGAAGUGGUUUGUGCCAAGUAGGUCCAGGUUAAAUCUGUUCUGAUGAACAUUCUGGGCCCUUUCUCUUCCCAGGACUGCAAUAUUAUCUGGAUGCUGCUAAUGCAGUUCUCCAGGGCAUUUAACCCUUAAAGAUAAAAUCAAGCAUGGUUCCUGCUAUUACCAGAGAAGGAGGAAUUUGUACUCCUUCCUUUCCAGUCUAAUGAUUUACAUUCCUACCUUGCAUCUAACUUUAUUCUUGAGUCUACACUGAGAUGAUUUAUCGUGGUAAACCAGUAGGAAACUGACUUAACAAAAAGUGAAAAUCUGUCUUCUCAAUUAGCAAAUUAGAUCAACUUGAUGCAUAAUCAAUAGUUUCAGAGCUAGUGCAGGAAAUGGAAAGCAUUGUGUAGCUGGAGUUCGGAAGGUGGGGGCUAAAAUAUGAUUUGUAUCUUUAGAAUUUUCUGCAUAAUUUAAUGUAUUAGCAGCCUUGUGUUAUGCAGAAGCUGAGUUAUGUGCUAUGAAAAGCCUGAGAGCUGGAGGUCUGGACUGCUUAUAACAGUCUAUGGCAGGGGACUCUCCUACCUUUUUUGACUCUUUUCUAGUAAAAGAAAUCUGAAGUUGUUCAAAACCUUCAAGUGAUCUGUUACCUGUCCAUUUAGAUGCCUUGAAUUUUAGUGCUCAGGAACAGGUUGGCUUUUUGUGUUCUGUUCUGGGGUUUUUUUGUUUUUUUGGUUUUUUUUAAGUAUCAAGUCUGUAGUCAAUGUUCUGUGAGGAUAUUUUCAGUUAACUUUUUAUCAGAUCAGUGUUGUCAAACCUUAAAUAUAGUUACAGAUGCAGUGAAACUGUUCAGAAAAUGCCAGGUAUUUUCCAGAAGGAAGGCAAUAAUGUUAAAAAUCAAUUGUUCUUGAGAUCAGAUAAAAAGCCAGAUGUGUUUACAGUCAUCUAACACAGAAAACACUUGUGUCCCAAGUCUGAGAGAUCUCAUUUGUCUAUUGUAUACUUCAAGAACAGGACUCUUGCACUCUGGUAGGAGGUUUUCAAGACAAAACCACACUGGUCAUCAUCUCAUCCCUUCCUCUGAAGGCCUUGUUCAAGGAAUGGAUGAAACUUGGUGCCUUUGAUCUGUAUUUAUUUGUGCUCGGUCAAUGAAGAAUGUGUGACAGCUGUUACUCUGACUGGUGAUAAAGUAUGAAUAGCUCUUGAGUCUCAUUCUGUAAACUGUCCAUAUGUCUGCAGAAAACAUUGUUAGCUAUGUUUCACACGCACAGAAUAAAGUACAUCUUUAUCUACUUGGUGUAGACAAUUUAUUGAAGAUCAGAACUCUGGAAAAUGCAGUAUAGGAUAUAUAUGUAACUAAACAAAUGACAAAGAGAAGUCGUUGAAUCUCCAGAUGACUUAGAGUAUAUCAAGCCUAAAGUCUUGAUUUGCAUAAGGUUUUAAAUUUGUGGGGUUUGAGGUGAGGGGAGAAAUUGGGGGCAUCAUCUUGCACCGGUAUCUUCUGUCUCACACUUGGUCUUGGAAUAUAACUCUUUUAAUCUCUUAAGUAUCUGUGUGUUGUCAUCUGCCCCAAGCAGAAACUACUGUCUUAAGCAUUGUGCUGGAGUAACAGGUGGCUUCAUGUUCCUUAAAUAAUAAUAAUCCAGACAGUCCUGUACUGGGACUGAUUUUUUCAAAAUGUCCUUCAAAUUGUGUUGACCAAUACAAUGAGAAUACCACAUGGAGAUAGGCUAUGCUCACAAAGUAGGGUGGGAGGGAAAACAACCAGUUCUUGAAGUUUUAUGUUUGAUAGCAUCCAGAAGAGUCUCUAAAAAUCAGUGGCUGGUAGCAUGAUGUUUUGGGAUUCUGUGUUUUUGGGAUUUUGGGUGGGGGUUUGUAUUUUUUGUGGUGUUUUUUUGUGUUUUGUUUUUUUGUUGUUUUGGUUUUAAGAGGACAUCAGUAAUUGCACCAAUCUAUAAUUCUUAUGUUACGAAACUGGGAAAGGGCAAGUGCAAUGCAACUGUGGUCAUGAUGCAACUGAAGGAUCAAGGUCCUUCCUGUAUGAAAACCAGUAGCAGUUUGUUGAGAUGUGCUCUAUUAAGGAAAAGAGAAAGGGUAGCCCUCUCCAUGAACUGGGGUAAUAGGUUUCUUUUUGUCUUUGCAAUAGUUUUUCCAGAAACAGUAAUAAACUGAGCAAAGUAGAUUUCAUACUGUGCCUGAUGAGAUUUUGAAGCCUUGCAGGUGGAAAAUAGACUGAAUGCAGUAGUUUGCUAUGUGUUUUGUAAUUCUGAAAAUUUCUUCUGUUAGCUUCUUUUCUUUAAUCAGUAGGAAUAGACUAAAUCAUACGUAAGCACUACUUAUGUCUUCCUGGUAUCUUAGGUACUAUUGGGAAAUGCUGUAUAGGAAAGCCUGUAAUUCUUUUCCCUAAAAGCUUCUCUGGAUUAUUGUUACACUCAAUUAAAUAAAUCACCUAUUUCUAUA